UUUAAGCUGCGUUCAGGCUGAGACUCUUCACGCUCCAUCAUGGACAAGUAUGCGCCGAAAUUCAGCAAAGUUCUGGUGACACCUGAUCCACAUUAUGUGCCGGGGUAUACGGGUUAUUGUCCACAGCUGAAGUACAACAUGGGGAGGACGUACAGCCAGCAAACGGCCGAGCUGCUGACCAGUCCUGAUGUGAAACGCUCCGGUCGCCUGGUCCUCCGCACAGGUCACGACCCCUCCUCCGCCUGCACACCUGACACUGCUGCUCUGACACCGAGAGGCGUCUCUGACGGCACCAUGAAGAGGGUGAUACCAGGAUACACAGAGACCAAAACCUCCCCUGACAGCGAUCACAGACAGAGUGAUCACCUAUAA